ACCAGUAACCAACAUUAUAUUUUAUCGAGCGUCUUCUUCAAGAUCCUCAAUACUGAUCAUACUCAAAGUAAAGGGGGCUUUCAUAUAAUUAUAUGUAUGAAAUAGAAGAAAAAAUCAAAUAUGCUCUACUUUCUUUCAAAAAGUCUAGUAAAAUAGUCACAAAGUGUUACUGUAUUUUCUUGUUCUUUUUUUUUUUUUUAUAAAAAAGACAGUAUUCAUGCUCUUUCACUUAUUGACCCAAAGCAAUUUCAGUGAACUAGCAACAGAGUGCACUGGGGAUGCAGUUUUGUAUCCUCCUUAAUCCUUGAUCUGACUUGCAGGGCCCUCUGAAAUGGUCGGCCAUCUUUUCGUGCAGCUUCAACUUUUGACAGACACAUUGACCUUUAAGGGAUUAAGCCCACUGCGUAUUUGUUUACAAUGAUAGAGGAUAAAACUAAAUGAUUUUUUGAACCCACAGAUGUUUUAACCAAAGCUUUAUUCAAGCUGAAGCUCCUCUGCUGUGACCCUGGCAGACAGGAACAUAGGUUGCAUUGUAGCUGUGACUAAAAUAUGGCUCCAAAAAGCUGGUUAAAAACAAUGUAAAUUGCAUAAAGUGUUAGCAUUAUCCCAAACCUAAAGUAGAGCAAAUAGCUUAUGAUUUGUUAGCUGUUAAAAAACAUCUGCAGAUUUGUGUGCCAGUGGGCUGAGGGGAAACAAACAUGACAUUGUGCUGCUCUGAGGAUUACAUAAAAAAAUGCUGGUGAAGUUUAGAUGGAAAUAUGUAGUGUUCAGUCACAUGAUAUUACAAAUCACAUGAUACAAACAAAGACUAAUACAAAAGAGUUUUUAGAACAAAUCUUUUCUUGUUUUUUAAGUUGAGUUGCACAAACCCUAUAAAACGUUUUUAAAUUACCUUAUUCAAGUAAUCUAUUAGCAAAUUUUACUGUAAAUGGUAAAAGUGAUGCUUCUUGAUGAAUAUGGUAGAUCUGCAUCAUGCUGAUAAAUUACAAAACAUGUUGUAUGGGCUGUGUUCGGGGCGUUCAAAGGACCCUUUGAGUUUCUUGAAAUAAUUUUGUGUCACUAAAUAACAGUUUGUUUUGCUGUCCAGCAAUCGCAGUACCUUUAUAGUUUAAUAAUUUUGUUUGUUUGCAGCUCGAUCUCUUCUCUUCCACAAGGCUCUCCGCUAGAAUUUGGGUCAUAAUUCUCCAACUUAUGUCAGUUUGACUCAGGAUUAUUCACAAAUAUACCAAUAUCAGUUCAUGUGCAGAGUUUCAAACUUGACUCUUUUCAUAAAAUUUUACUAAGUCAAAGUGUUAUAUAUCUUAUAACAAACAAAACUUUGACUCCAUGAAAAAAGUCUGCCAAUAUAACAUGCCAUCUUCCUUUCUCUCUUUUUAGCUCAAAGUAACAACCAGCUGUAAGAAAUCCACAGUCUGUUGUGCUAAGAAAGAAAAUAUUGGAUGUAGCUUCCUCUCUGACACUGUCCUACUUUUUCAUUGAAAGACUUUUAACAGAAUACUUGCAUAUGCUUAUCUUUAUAUCUUAUAAUUAUCUUAUAAUUAUUGAUGGCCUUUCUGUAUUUGGAGAAAAUACUUUUUUUGGUGAGGACUGUGGUGGGAAAAAUUUAACAACACAUUAAUGCAUUUACUCAAAAAUCUUUUAUGAAUCCAUCACAUCAGUUUAAAGCUUAAUAUGCUCUGAUCUGACAUUCUUUUCCACACAUUUGUAAAUUUCAAGGGGUUAAUGAUUACCUUUUAUUGUUCCAUGAAAAACAUUUCCAUAAAUGUUGUUAUACAUAUUAUGCAUUUACACAUAUCUUAAAACUGUCAUAAGAAAGCCUUCAGAUCCCUUGGCAGGACCAAUACAUGUGUUUUAAAAACCUUUCAACAGCAGAGCCACCUUGUGGUAAAACAAAGCGAUGUUCGCUUACAUCUCCGCUGUCACAGUAAGGCUGAAAUGAACAGCCAACAAUUCAGUGGAGAGAAAAAAAACAUCCCAGUGGAUUAUGACCGUUUCGGAAGUGUUUUUUUUCACUGAUGAUAAAUAGGGACGUCUCCGCGCAGCCUAUCAGAUUCCGGGAUGCUAUACGCAUCAAAAUGAAACGAACGCCAGUUCUUCCUCUAAUCCCAGUCUAUCCUUUUUAUCUCGGGACUCACAGCAGUCAGAUCACUAUGGGACAGCAAAGCGGUGGAACAAAGCCAUGCAGGCGAUAGUCCUUUGCAUGAGAGAGAAAAAGUAAGUCUGUUUAAAUUUGAGUGAGGCGCAAAGUGGGCGCACAGGCACACUGCGUAUGCGUAAAAGUGGGCCAAGAUGUUCCGCAUCCUGCUCCUGGGGCUCUGCGUGGCCACGCUGGAGCUUCCCUCCCCAGUGAGCUCCUGCCCUUCACAGUGCAGCUGUUUUUACCAUAACCUGAGUGACGGAUCCAAGGCUAGAAGCGUGAUAUGCAAUGAUCCCGACAUAGCUCUCGUGCCAGCCGGGUUCCCUGUUGACACAUCCAAACUGCGGAUCGAGAAAACAGCCAUCCAGCAAAUCCCAAGCGAAGCCUUCAGCUACCUCUCAAGUCUGGAAUUCCUCUGGAUGUCUUUCAACACCCUGUCGGCUCUGAGCCCGGAAAGCUUUCGGGGACUGUUCAACCUGGAAGAGCUUCGUCUGGACGGGAAUGCCCUCACUGCCUUUCCCUGGGAGUCUCUCAUGGACAUGCCCAGCCUCAGACUUCUUGAUUUGCACAACAACCAGCUCACCUCGCUGCCCGCGGAAGCCACCACUUACAUCAAGAACCUCACCUACCUGGACCUGUCCAGCAACAGUUUGCUGACCUUGCCGAUCGAGGUGCUGACCAACUGGCUGGCUGCGAAGCCCGUGCAGGGCCCCGAGAGCUCCAAGAUGAUUCUUGGUCUCCAUGACAACCCCUGGGUGUGCGAUUGCCGACUCUAUGACCUGGUCCAGUUCCAGAAGUCCCCCACGCUUUCCGUGGCAUUUAUUGACACAAGACUCCGCUGUUCGGCACCAGAGAGCUUCUCAGGGGUCUUGUUCAGCGAUGCGGAGCUGCGUCAGUGUCAGCUCCCACGCAUCCACACAGCAGUGGCACGAGUCCGGAGUGCGGUUGGGAACAAUGUUCUCCUUCGGUGUGGGACCAUUGGAGUACCGGUGCCAGAUCUGACAUGGCGCAGGGCUGAUGGACAAAUGCUUAAUGGAACAGUACAACAAGAAACAUCUAAAGAAGGAAUCACCUGGUCCAUCCUCAGCGUCCCAGCUGUGUCCUACCGCGAUUCAGGAAAAUUCAUCUGCAAGGCAUCAAACUAUGCAGGGAAUGCAGAGGCUGUCAUUUCUCUGGUUGUCUCUAACCCACCAAGACCCGAAGGGAACCAGACAAACACCGACAAGAAGGUCAAAGUCAAGAAGCCAAACCCAGUGGGUAAAGCAGCCUACCAGGAGAAACUGGUGGCCAGAUACGUAGUUCCAACUUCCACCUCAUCAGCUUUGGCUGCUAUGGAUUCUGACAUGUUACCUGCUGACUCCGAACAGGUCAGCUACACCCUAACUGAUGGAGCCACCCAGGAUCCCUCCACCUCCCCCAACUCAGAUGCCCUACUGGAUCUGGAGAAGACAAAUCUCAGCAACCUGGCGGCAAACACUUCAUCCCUACAGCAGGACCCAGACAGGGUGGUCCGCUCUGUGAAGGUGGUGGGUGACACAGACAAUACAAUAUCUCUGAACUGGAGAGCACCUAAAGCAAAGAACACAACUGCCUUCAGUGUGCUGUAUGCUGUGUUUGGGGAGCGGGACAUGAGAAAGAUCAACGUUGGAGCGGGACAAACCCGUGUAACUAUAGACGGGUUGGUGCCCAGGACCAAGUACAUUGCCUGUGUAUGUGUGAAGGGACUGAUUCCCAAGAAAGAACAGUGUGUGAUAUUUUCCACUGAUGAAGCAGCUAGUGCAACUGGCACCCAGAAGCUGAUCAAUGUGAUUGUGAUCACUGUGGCCUGUAUCAUUGCAGUCCCCCUCACUGUCAUUGUGUGCUGUGGGGCGCUGAAGAGGCGCAUUAAAAAGUACUGGGGAAAGAAAUCCAAAGACAUUCAAGACUCAUAUGUGACUUUUGAAACACUGUCCCCUGGUACAAAGGCCAAAGGGCUUGAGGGUGAGUACUUAAACAGACUGAAUCAAGAGGAGUCUAACAGAUUGCUGUCAGCCCGCUCCAGCCUGGACUCCGAGUCAACAGCAAAGAUCGAGGGACAACCUAAUGAGUACUUCUGCUGACGUCAUGCUCCAGCUCUGGCUCCUGCUCCACGCCAUCUUCCGUGCAGUCACCCACAUCCGCAUCUGCAUAGCAAUCCGAAGCCCAAUGUCCAUCUGCACCAUUCUCAUCACCGCCCACACUUUCACCCUCAUCCAUAUCCCCAGCACAAUCCCUAUUCUCACCCCACACAACAUCCUGACGUCAGUCCUCCUCCCACACGCUCCCAUACACCCACACCAUGGGAUUCCCCUCCACCGGUUCCUCCUCGCUGGAUACUGCCACCGACUCCACCGCCACAGAGGCCCAACUUCUAUCAAAGGACUCUUGCACGUUGCACAAUAAUGGAAAUCUCAGUUUAGAAGAAAAAAAUUGGAACGUUCUGGAAAAGCCUGUCCUUCUUGCAGAUGCUCUGCUGUGCAUCCGAACAUCCAUUACUGGCAAGACUUGCUUUUACAUAUAGAAGAAUGUUUGCAUCACAAAGUCUAAGAAAAAAAAAUAACAUUUGAAGCUACUUGCACGACCCAGCGAAAAAAACCUUCUUAUUCUAACCUGAUUUAAAGGGAACACAAUGGUACACACUCCAUUGUACAUAAUAUAUGUAUGUGUAUGAUUUGUAAAUAUUGACUGAACCAUGUACACUUACAUAUACUGUUAAUUCUGUGCCUCUGUAUAUAUCUGUCAUUAGUUCAGAGAAGAUAUACACAUAGGCAUGGUUCAACACUGGUGAGUGGAGGGCAGCUGGAGCUGGAGAGAAGUACAGAAAGGAGUGAACUAUGACGCAAUGUAAAUAAGAUGGAAAUGAGAAGUUAAAUCAGUUUUAUUCCCCAGCAAUGAGAAAUGAAAGAAAAUCUAUGUAUCCAUUCAAUGCCAGCUAGAGGCAUCAUUACCCUCAUUUAAUGUAGAUCUUUUCAUUCCGAUCAUACCGCACAUUUAAAGAUGAUUAAAUAAACUUUUAUAUAUAUUUACCUGA